AUGGAAACCAUACAAAUGUGGCACAGCAGUGGCACAUUAAACAGUGGUCUGACUUCAGGACACCAAGGAAUUUAUACUGGAGAGAACCAUUACAAAUGUAAUGAAGACGGUAAAUUGUUUAACCAAUUCUCUCAAUGGAUUACACAUAAAAAAAAUUCAUAGCAGGGGGAACUAAGUCUAUUCCUGUUGAAGAUUAACUGACCUGAGAUAUUAAAUUCAACAGAGAGUUAAAAAGUUAAAAUUAUUUAAAACUGAGAUGGUUUGUGUUACAGAAACAAGGACAUCUGUGGAAGGGUCUAACUAUCUUUAUAAAAUAUUUUUAUUCAAUUACUUGAGGUUUCUUGAAAAGUCUUCAUUAUUAUUAAUAAAUUUA